UCGAACGGCCGGUUCCGGCUGAAUGUCAGUGUGGGGCUGUAGGCUGGGGAGGAAGGUGGCUGGCGGUCUCUCCACCACCUCCGGCACUACGAGCUUGGCUAGAGCUGCGGCUCCCGGCGACGGGCUGCCGGGUGGGUCGGGCAUGAGACCGUGAGGCGAGUGGCGGGGCCCGGGCCGCCGACAUGUUUGGCCGUUCACGGAGCUGGGUGGGCGGGGGCCACGGCAAGUCCGCCCGCAACAUCCACUCCUUGGACCACCUGAAAUACCUGUAUCACGUGUUAACCAAAAACACCACUGUCACAGAACAAAACCGGAACCUGCUGGUGGAGACCAUCCGUUCCAUCACGGAGAUCCUGAUUUGGGGAGAUCAGAAUGACAGCUCUGUAUUUGACUUCUUCCUGGAGAAGAACAUGUUUGUUUUCUUCUUGAACAUUCUGCGGCAGAAAUCUGGCCGUUAUGUGUGUGUGCAGCUGCUGCAGACCUUGAACAUCCUCUUUGAGAACAUCAGCCAUGAGACAUCACUCUAUUAUUUGCUGUCUAAUAACUAUGUAAAUUCGAUCAUUGUCCAUAAAUUUGACUUUUCCGAUGAGGAGAUCAUGGCAUAUUACAUAUCGUUCCUGAAAACGCUUUCGUUAAAGCUCAACAACCACACCGUCCAUUUCUUUUACAAUGAGCAUACCAAUGACUUUGCCCUGUACACAGAAGCCAUCAAAUUCUUCAAUCAUCCGGAAAGCAUGGUUCGAAUUGCUGUGAGAACGAUCACCUUGAAUGUCUACAAAGUGUCAUUGGAUAACCAGGCCAUGCUGCACUACAUCAGAGAUAAGACUGCUGUCCCGUACUUCUCCAACUUGGUCUGGUUCAUUGGCAGCCACGUGAUCGAACUUGACAACUGUGUGCAGACUGAUGAGGAGCACCGGAAUCGGGGGAAACUGAGUGACCUGGUGGCUGAGCACCUGGACCAUCUGCACUAUCUCAAUGACAUCCUUAUCAUCAACUGCGAGUUCCUCAAUGACGUGCUCACAGACCACCUGCUCAACAGGCUCUUCCUGCCACUCUAUGUGUACUCACUUGAGAACCCGGACAAGGGAGGAGAACGGCCAAAAAUCAGCCUGCCAGUGUCCCUCUAUCUUCUCUCUCAGGUCUUCCUCAUCAUACAUCAUGCCCCGCUGGUGAACUCCCUGGCUGAAGUCAUUCUGAAUGGCGAUCUGUCUGAGACAUACACAAAGGCUGCACAGGAUGUUCCAAGGAGUUCUACCAAGCCCAGUAUCCGGUGCUUCAUCAAACCCACCGAGACACUGGAGCGCUCCCUUGAGAUGAACAAGCACAAGGGCAAGAGGCGGGUGCAAAAGAGACCCAACUACAAAAACGUUGGGGAGGAGGAAGAUGAAGAGAAAGGACCUUCUGAGGAUGCCCAGGAAGACACUGAGAAGGCUAAAGGUACAGAGGGUGGUUCAAAAGGCAUGAAGACGAGUGGGGAGCGUGAAGAGAUUGAGAUGGUGAUCAUGGAGCGCAGCAAGCUCUUGGAGCUGACCGCUGGCACCUCAGUACAGGAACAGAACACCACAGACGAGGAGAAGAGUGCUGCCGCCACGAGUUCUGAGAGUGCACAGUGGACCAGGCCCUUCCUGGAUAUGGUGUACCAUGCCCUAGACAGCCCUGAUGAUGAUUACCAUGCCCUCUUUGUGCUCUGCCUCCUUUAUGCCAUGUCUCAUAACAAAGGCAUGGAUCCUGAAAAACUAGAGCGAAUCCAGCUCCCAGUCCCAGGUGCAGCUGAGAAGACCACCUACAACCAUCUGCUUGCUGAGAGACUCAUCAGGAUUAUGAACAAUGCUGCCCAGCCAGAUGGCAGGAUCCGGUUGGCCACACUAGAGCUCAGCUGCCUGCUCCUGAAGCAGCAGGUGCUGACCAGCUCAGGCUGCAUCAUCAAGGAUGUGCACUUAGCCUGUCUGGAGGCCAUCCGGGUAUUCUUCAUGCUGCGUUCCCUGUCACUGCAGCUUCGUGGGGAACCUGAGACCCAGUUGCCGCUGACUCGAGAGGAGGACCUGAUCAAAACAGAUGAUGUCCUGGACUUGAAUAACAGCGACUUGAUUGCCUGCACAGUGAUCACCAAGGACGGCGGCAUGGUCCAACGUUUCCUGGCUGUGGAUAUUUACCAGAUGAGCCUGGUGGAGCCCGAUGUGUCUCGACUUGGCUGGGGAGUGGUCAAGUUUGCAGGCCUUCUGCAGGACAUGCAGGUAACAGGUGUGGAAGACGACAGCCGUGCCCUGAACAUCAUCAUCCACAAACCUGCCUCUAGCCCACAUUCCAAGCCCUUCCCCAUCCUGCAGGCCACCUUCGUGUUCUCCGAUCACAUCCGCUGCAUCAUCGCCAAACAGCGCCUGGCCAAGGGCCGCAUCCAGGCCAGGCGCAUGAAGAUGCAGAGAAUAGCUGCCCUCCUGGACCUCCCAAUCCAGCCAACAACAGAAGUUCUAGGAUUCGGACUCGGAUCCACCUCCUCCCAGCACCUGCCUUUCCGCUUCUAUGACCAGUGCCGCCGGGGCAGUAGUGACCCUACAGUGCAACGCUCUGUGUUUGCAUCAGUGGACAAGGUACCAGGCUUCGCUGUGGCCCAGUGCAUAAACCAACACAGCUCACCUUCCUUAUCGUCACCGUCACCACCAUCUGCCAGUGGGAGCCCCAGCUGCAGCGGGACCACCAGCCACUGCGACUCAGGCUCUUCCUCCACACCCUCUGCAGCCCAGAGCCCAGCAGAUGUCCCCACAGCUCCGGAACAGCCUCGGCCUCACCUUCCUGAUCAGGUGGUGAUUGUGAAUGAAACUGAUGCCAACUCCAAGCCCAGCAAGAACUUGGCCAGGGGCACUGAAGUGGAGACCGUGCACCUGUCCCCCAGCCUACUCCCUGCCCAGCAGCCCACCAUCUCCCUCCUCUAUGAGGACACUGCUGACACGCUGAGUGUCGAAUCUCUGACCAUCGUACCCCCGGUUGACCCCCACAGCCUUCGCACCCUCGCUGGCAUCCCCCAACCUGCCACACCAACCACAGUAGGCACAGAGACCCCAGAUAAUGAGUCUUCAGACGCAGACCCUCCAGUACCCACUGAACACUGAGCAAGCACCAGGGGUUUCCCUGUGUCUGUGGCCCGCUGGUAGGGACCCAGUGCAGUUGACAGCAAGACACAUCAAGAGCACCCACGGUGACCCUGGAAACUCCUUGCCACCUGUCCCUGCAAGACAGCUAUGAGCCAUCCAAGUUCCUCUUAUGCGCUAACCUUUCUCAGAGCAAGCUGGGAUCCCUCGAGACAGCUUACUGUGUACAAAGAAGAGCAUGGACCGUCUUGGGGAACCGGGCCCCUGUCUCUAAGCCCAGCAGCCCCACAUGGCAGGACCCACCGGCACCCCCAUUCAGGCAGCUACCCUGUCUCCACUCCCAGCGUGCACAGGUGUGGAGAAGGUGACUUUGGGUAGAAAUCUGUAGGGAAGCAAACCUAGAUAAACAUCUCUUUGGGCUAUUUAUUUCUGGUUUUGGCAACAGAUUGAAAGAUUUAUUUAAAAAUCAUCUGUUUAAAGCCGGGCAUGGUGAUCCAUGCCUUUAAUCCCAGCACUAGGGAGGCAGAGGCAGGUGGAUCUCUGUGAGAUCAAGGCCAGCCUGGUCUACGUAGUGAGUUCCAGGCCAGGUGGAGCUACAGGGAGACCCUGUCUCAAAAAAAUGUGACUAUUUUGGGGGGCGGAGAGCCAAAAAAAAAAAAAUCCAACCAUAAGGUUUGGUGUCAUGUUAAAAAUAUGUGAGCUACUCAGAUUUAUUCCCCUUUGAACUAUUUUGUUUGAAGGUUAUGGGUGUCACUUUUUUUCUAAAUGAUUCUUCUGUUACUAACUCUGCAAGCUUGUGGAAUGAUAAAUGUGUCUUCCUCAAACAUUUAGAUUAUUUUUGAGAAAAAGAUGAGAUCCAUAUGCUCUCAGGUCCCACAGAACAAGACGGUCAGAAGCUUCUGUGCCAUGAAGCAACCUAGGUGACAUCUUUUUUGCCCCCUGUUCAGAACACGUUCCUUACCUGUCUCUGAUGCCAGGCAGGCACAACUUCCAACAGACACAGUACCAUCUCUCUGCAUCUGAGAAAGAGCCAUUUAGGACCAUGGAGGCCCCAGUCCCAGAGGCUGUGACAGGAAUCAAAGGACUCAAGGCAUAGGAAGCCAUCCUCAGAAGUCACCUGCUGCCAACUGUGCAUACAGAUGCCCAGCCAGGAGCCCGGCAGCAAGGCAGGUGGUCUAAGAGUUCCUGAGUCUGUCCCUCCCUCUCCACUACUGCCAUCACCACAACACCUCUCAAUGUGAAACCCCACUUCUCUUCCCAGUCAGGCUGGGCAUGUGCCAGUGAGAAGCCAAGUGUGUCCUCUCAACUCCCAGCCUUCCUCUGCCCUCGGAAAACCACUCACAGCUCCAUGUCAAGGCCGCCUGUGGCUUUCCUGCAGGUGUGGUCACAGAUGGCAUCAGUGUCCACCAAAGGCUGGCUAUAAUGUUAACCUUGGGAGGCAUGCCAACAUUUUUUUAUCUGCCCAUCAGAGGUCCUUCCCACCUCUGUCCAGCCAGCUUCCCUGCAGACCACAGUGCUUAGCUUCCCAAUGGUAUCUAAUGGUCCCCCAGGAGGGGAAUAUUACCUAUGUAGCCAGGCCUUUCUGGUUCUUAAAAUCCCUCCAGUAGGCAUACCCGCCCAACUGUCACCAUCACCGCUACAAGGUCAUUUUUGCCAUAGAGAAGGCCAAGGCAGAAGCCCCAAAUGCCCUGGCAAGGAAAGAUGAGCCAGGAGGCUCAGUAGAGCCCCAGAAAAGGGAGGGAGAAUAGGGUAAGAGAAGGGGAGUGAUGGCCACUGGGAAGAGGGCCUCCUGGGCUCCUAUAGUCAAGCCCUGGGUAUUGCUUGGUCAAUUACAGGGAGGGCAGAUCUAGAAAAGCCUAUAGCUGGACAAUGGCCUUUGACCUGGGAUCCCAGAUAAACCUUUAAAACCGUUAGCCCCACCCCCAAGUCCCUGCAGAGUGCUAGCUCCAUGGUUACCCUUCCCUCUGUGAACCCCAAACCUCAGCUUUAACUAUCACAGUGGCACAUGCACAUCCCUUUUGCAUUUGGAGGCUUGGAAGGCUUAGGGCACUUCUCUCAGGUCACACUGGGCAUGGUAAGGUCCCCAGAUGGCAGAGGUGGCAGCAGAACCAGAACAGCAAGGGAUUCCUGGAGCAGACUCCCCUCUCCACCACCCUGCCCGGCCUGGCCACCCAAACACUUGCAUUGCCAGGGUCUAAGUGACAGCGGCCCUCCUAAGGACAUCCGGGCUUUCUCUGUCCUCUGAAAUGCACUAUUGUAAAUAAGGCAUGGGUAAAUUGUACUGAUCUUCCUUAGGUGAUACAGUAAACAUAUUGCUCCUUUGAGCAAAAGCUGUGAAUGACUGUCACAGAGGGGAGCAAGGCUGGGAAGCUCAGCGCUUCUCUCUGGCGGAGGGAAAUACCUACUAUAAGGCAGCAGGACUUACACACUUGGGGACUGAAUCUGAGAGUAGAAAGGAAAGCUGCAACUUCCUUGUAAAUUGAAACUUGGCAAUAAAAGGAAGAAACACCUACCAGGAAUGUGGCCUGCUGCUCAGCACUGUGGUGGAGGUAGUGUUCUGGCCAAGGGCAAGGUUCUCAGUGGCUGUUCUCCUGUCACCACUGCUUGGGUGGGAUGCAGGGACUGGGGCCCUCACUGCCAUCUCCAACUCUGCCCCUCACCCCAAGGUGUGCAGGAACUUGGUGGACAGGUGAUGCUCUAAGGCUGUGGCAGCUCCUGGGUGCAGCCCAUCCAUACCAGGGUAUGUGAACCUGGGCCUAUCCCUCCUCCCUCACCUGGUGGGCAUACAGCUCCUCCAAGCCCUGUGCUUUGCACAUGUGGAACAGACCUGUGCACCCUGCCUGUCAGGACAGAGACAGGAAGCUACUGCAUUAUGGCUACAUGGACCAGGAGGUCAUGGAGGGCCCCCACCCAGGAUAGUCAGGUGACACAUGGGUGGUCACCUUCCUGCACAUGCUGACAUGUACCAACAUGAAAUCCCUGGACGUGUGAUCACAGGUCUUCCAUGACUUCUGAUGCUCUGGCUUGAACGUGGCUCAGAAAUUCCUGGGACCCUCAGGACCUUGAGAGAGAGCCCAAAAGAAGAAGCUAGACACACCUCACAGAGUCUGCAGAAGAAAGGAGGUCCAGCCCCAUGUGGGCAACCAACAAGGCCCACUUCCUCUUCUGGCCUAAGGUUGUCUUAGUUCGUUGGAAAUCCGCCUUGAGUCCUGCACCUAGGAAUGCUCUGGGGACCUUUGGGUGGGGUUGGAGCCCACUCUCCACUGGGGCAUAGGCCAAGACCCACCUGUGGCCCUCCUUGACUGAAGCAUUCACAUAUCUAAAUGGCUUCAGUCUAGAAAGGAACUUGCUAGAAGGAUGCAUGGGGUGGAGGUUGAAGGUUGCCUUGGGGGACAGGAUUUGUGGCAGCUCAGCUAUCUCCCUGCCCACCCCAGGUCUCUAAUCCAAGAGCCAGGCCUUCUCGGUAGAGAGACCCAGGUUUUGAGGGGGCAGCGCUUGCCCCAUACCAUCCCCUACACACACAUGAGGAAACAGGUGCCCAGACCUAUGUGCUGUCCAUCCUGAUCUGAAACCCAUGUGGCAGAGACACACAUCCCCAGACUGGGACAGGAAAGAGAGGAAGUAGCACCUGACAGACGUGGAUCAGUGUUGGAAUUAUCAGGAACUCAAAUCUAAAACUACAAGCACAUACCCCCAGACCUAGUAAGUGACACCCCUGCAGUGCCCAGCUGAGAGCCCUUAUCCCUGUCUGGGCUCACAGGAGAUAUCAGUCAUGGGGCAUUGCCAUGGCUAUGUCUAGGGUGCUGACCCCCACAGCAACCCUGCUUUGGGGUGGGGAUGGCAUUCAUAUGUUUUGAUAGCUUCAAUCUAGAAAAGGAACUUACUGGAAAGAUGCUCAGGGGAAAAGUGACCUUGAGAUAGAUAGAGCCAGGAGACUCCUAGUCAGCCACAGUGGCUUACUUUUAGUGAAUGUACGUGUGUGUGCAUGAAUGUAGGUGUGUGCAUAUAGAGCUAGUGUCAUUCUUCAGUCACUCACCAUCUUGAUAUUUUUG